AUGGCCUCGAAAGAAGUAGCUCAGAAGCAGUCCAGCGGCGUCGGCCAAGCUGCGUCCGACACCGUCAAGACCGUCACGGAGACUGCCUCUAGCGCAGGCGCUUCGCUCGCAGGUGCUUUCUCCGGAUCGCUGAGCGCAGGCGGACACUCGUCGAACAAGAAGACAACGACCACAACUUCAAGCGGAUCACAAAUCAGCAAGAAAGAGGCGGAUCAACUCUACGAAGAACGCAUCGAGGACGAGUACGCGAAGCGCGAGGGCGGCUCCGGAAAGCAGAGGUACAAGUUCAAACACGUCAAUGCAGGCGGUGGAUACUCGCCGCCAAGUGACGACAAUGGACGAAGGAGCUCGAAAAGCAGCCAAGCAAGUAGUGUUCGGGUGUUGUCGAGAACCCCGAGCAGUGAAGCUGGACUAUUGCUCAGUGAGCUUGUCAACAAGCUAGAGAUCAAGGAUAUACGGUUCGAUCUAUGUUGGGCAUAUGGAAGCCUCCUAAAAGAGGUCCCACCACGACUGGGAAGAAAUGCAGCCUUGGACGCUGCUGUCAUCGCCCUCACCACAUCUUGCACAGACCUGGCAGCGAGACGGAAACCACACAACGCUUUGAUCAAGUACGGAAGUGCUCUGAAUGCUCUACGUGGUGUUCUCAACGAUCCCGCACUUGCCACGGCGCCAGAGACGCUUUGUGCAAUCUAUGUUAUCUGGAUAUGUCAGAGCUGGCUUGGCGAAGAAAGUCCUGCAAAUGUUGGGCACGGUUCAGGCAUCGUACAAAUACUCGCGACCGCGCCAUUCCGAAACUCGAAAGACCCAUUUGAGAGAAUGCUUCUCGCGACUAUAGCAGCGCCUGUGAUCUUCGAGGGCAUGUUCAACCCAGAAGUCCAGCUGAACCCGUGGGUCAUACAAUACGUCCUGGACAUCGAGUCACCGAUACUCAGUGAAGACGACAUAAAACGAGCGAAGCCAACGGCACCAGGUAUGCCAAAGGUCGGUUGCAUAAUGAGCUGCAUAGUUCGGCUCCCCGACUUCUUGCGCUAUAAUCCGGAAUUGCUUUACGAAAUCAGACAGAACUAUCUGGCGGUCCAGGAAACGUCCAAGAUACUACGCGACAAGUUCACCGCCGCGGCUGCGGCCAUGAUGGAUCCCAACCCAGAGAUCAACUACCAAGACCCAAGGAUACCAAAAAGCUUGAGAAGUCUGGUGCCGAUGCGAAUGCACGCCUUCUACCAGCGAUCGUAUGCUCUUUAUCUAGCUCUGGAAAUCAUGCUCAACGGUGUUCUGCGAGCUUAUGAGCCCGAAAACAUCGUGCUUGCAAGCGAGGCAGACCAGAUGUGUGGAGAGAUCAUCUCGCUAUGCCAUCAAGCUGCGAUGUGGAAGCCUAUGGGCGCUGGUUGGAUUCCACUGUGUCUUGUGGCCGCUUGGUCUGCAUCGAUGGAUGCGAUGAGGAAGACAGAGCUCUCUCGAACUUGGAAUGACCUAUGGCACGAGUACAUGCCUCUCAGCAUCGGCACGGCUUCUUACAACAGCUACAACAGUUUUGACGCGCUGAGGACGCUAGCUCUGCGAGACAAGUCUCUGUCUCCAUACGACGCCCCAUCAUUUGCCUACGUGUAA